CCAACUGCCUCUGAAACUGGGUCUCUCUUGUUCCCUGUGACCACUGCAAGGAUGCCUUCAAAACGGGGAGACAGGAUAAGUUUUCAUGGGACAGCCAGAUAAUAAGUUGCUUUAAAUUCCCCACUGGAUGACAAAUCUGUUGUGUGUUGCUGUAAUGCCUGUCUUUCCCGUUCCAGCUAUGAAGCCGUACGCUCCAGCUUUCAUUCUCCUGUGGAGUGCCGUCGGGAUAGCGAGGGCUGCCAAAAUCGUCGUCGUGCCGCCAAUUAUGUUUGAAAGCCAUCUUUAUAUUUUCAAGACUCUGGCCUCAGCCUUGCAUGACCAAGGUCACCAGACAGUGUUUCUCCUCUCUGAGGGCAGAGAGAUUCCUCCAUCUAAUCACUAUAGACUUCAGCGCUACCCAGGGAUCUUUAACAGCAGCACCUCGGAUGAUUUCCUGCAGUCCAAGAUGAGGAGUAUCUUCUCGGGGAGACUGACAGCCCUCGAACUGUUCGACAUCUUGGACCACUACUCCAAGAACUGCGACAUGAUGGUCGGCAACCAAAACCUCAUGCGUGCCCUGAAACAGGAAAAAUUUGACCUGCUCCUGGUCGAUCCCAAUGAGAUGUGCGGAUUUGUUAUAGCCCAUCUUUUAGGGGUUAAAUACGCCGUGUUUUCCACUGGCCUCUGGUAUCCAGCAGAAGUGGGUGCUCCAGCUCCCCUGUCCUACGUUCCCGAAUUUAACUCGCUGCUCACGGAUCACAUGAACCUCUUGGAGAGGAUUAAAAACACUGUUGUUUAUCUUAUUUCGAGGUUUGGAGUCAGUUUUUUGGUUCUGCCAAAAUACGAACGGAUAAUGCAGAAACACAAGGUUCUUCCCGAACGGUCCAUGUACGACUUGGUUCAUGGAUCCAGCCUGUGGAUGCUUUGUACUGAUGUAGCGCUGGAGUUUCCGAGACCGACGCUUCCCAACGUCGUCUACGUGGGAGGGAUCCUCACCAAACCGGCCAGCCCUCUGCCAGAAGAUCUGCAGGCGUGGGUGAAUGGUGCUAAUGAGAACGGCUUUGUGCUCGUCUCCUUUGGGGCCGGAGUGAAGUACCUGUCUGAAGACAUCGCUAACAAGCUGGCACAUGCCCUGGCCAGGCUGCCCCAGAGGGUUAUUUGGAGGUUUUCAGGGAACAAACCAAGGAAUUUAGGCAACAACACGAAGCUGAUUGAGUGGUUACCGCAGAACGACCUGCUGGGUCACUCCAACAUCAAAGCUUUCCUUAGUCAUGGGGGUUUGAACAGCAUUUUUGAAACCAUGUACCACGGGGUCCCGGUGGUGGGGAUCCCCCUUUUUGGAGACCAUUACGAUACCAUGACCCGUGUCCAGGCCAAAGGCAUGGGAAUACUGCUCAACUGGAAGACUAUGACUGAGAAUGCACUGUAUGAAGCCCUAGUGAAAGUUAUUAAUGAUCCCAGCUACCGGCAGCGGGCGCAGCGGCUGUCUGAGAUCCACAAGGACCAGCCUGGCCACCCCGUGAACCGGACUGUGUACUGGAUUAACUACAUCCUCCGCCACAACGGAGCCCAACAUCUACGUGCCGCUGUUUACAGCAUCUCCCUAUUUCAGUAUUUCUUACUGGAUAUUGCCUUUGUCCUUCUAGUGGGUGCUGCCUUACUUUACUAUGUGUUGGCCAGGCUGGCCAAGUUUGUCUGCAAGCAGAGCAAACAGCUGUGGUCGAACGACAAGCACAGCGCCGUGAACGGACACUACCAGAACGGGAUCCCCAACGGCAAGUACCGCAGGAACGGCCACAUCAAGCAUGAAAAGAAGGUGAAAUGAGCCAACGGCCCCCCCCGUGUAAAGUAGUAACGAAUCAGAUCAGUAAUCGAAUUUUAUCGCUGUAACUUAGCCUAACCACUACUUAAAAAAAAAAAACCCACAAAACAAAAAAAAACCAAACCUCAAUAAGCAGUUCUAACACUCCCCUUCGGUAUGUAAUAUUAUGUGACAAAAUUCUGCGGAACUAAGAGAAGUCUUUAAAAAAAAAAAAAAAAGGAGCAAGCAAGCACAACCUAAAAUGGAAAAUGUUUUAUUCUUAAUACUGAUGCAGAGAGGUUAUUUUGGCACUGAAGUUUUUAGAAGCCUUAAUUCUCUAAAAGUUCUAUACGAUGACCAUAUUUAUGAAUUUUGAGUUUUUUAAAAGCUCAAUGUGUGUGUCCCAAAUGAGGAGAGGUUUCUUUUUAUUUGCAGAGGUGUUCUCCUUUUAUUUUUUUAUUAUUUUAAUAUGUCCAUCCUUUUAGCUGAGAGAACUCUAGUUCUAGUUCUGUGUUUCCUUCGUUGAAGGUUCAACAAGUUGUGUAAGAAUGCUGUUUAAAACAAAAAGUUUUUCCCAGUCUUUAUGCAGGAAAUAGCAAGUUGCCGACAGAGAACACAGACCUUUAAAAAACAAACAAAAAAAAGCAAUACUCUUACUGAGCACUGAAGAAAAAUGGCAAAAAUAUGUACUUGUUUUACUGAUGAAGCUGCAUGACUCUUCUGCUCACUCCCAGUACUUUGGAGAAAAGGGUCUUGAGCAAGGCUACAGUAGGUCCUAAUUUUAAUUUAGACAAAAUUUCAUUUGUUGCCUUUCUCUGCAUAAUGUAAUUUAUGCCACAAAAAUAUUAGGGAGUUCUGUUCCAGUUUGAAAUACAGCUGUGUGGGAAGUAGAUUUGCAUAGAUAAGAAAACAAACUAAACAACAACAACAACAAAAGAAAAAAAAUAAGAAAAUCUAUCCCUGUGCUUCGUGCAGGAGGUUUUGUAAUGGCCCAGAGCUGUGCAGAGUCGAACCACUCCUUGGGCUCUGUUUAAAAAGGAACCAACCAACCCACUGCAAACAUCCCACAACCCCCCAGAGUUGAAUGUUAAUUCUCAUGAAGUUCUUUCGGAAUCGCAAUGUUGUAGCUGUUUUCUCUUUCAAUGGUUGUAUCUGUAAAAAAAAAAAAGAAAAAAAAAAAAAAAAACCCACCCAAGAAAUCUUCCCUUCCAUUAGUCUGGGCCCACGCAAUCCACGUUCCGCAUAGUUGCCAAUGGGAAUUGCGCGCCGCGGGCGGGCGUGGGAUGAAGCCUGGCGGCUGCUCCGGGGAGGAGGUGGCGGUGCGUGUGUCCCCCCACCCCGGCCCCGCAACAAUCUCCUCCAAUCACUGUGGCCGACACGGGACGCCGGCGCCGGGCUGCGCUCCGAGGGUUGGGGAUGCGCUCCGGGCGCGGUGGCGCCGCCGCCACCGCCUUGCUCGACCAAAGUUGGCAACUAUGAGUUUUAUUUCCAUGUCAUUCUGUUUACUUGGAAUUUUGCACUACACACGUUGUGAGUGUACGCUUUAUUUAUUCGUAGUUCGAGAUCCCAUUGCCUUGAAGGAGAAAAGGGAGGAACGCCCGUUUUUACCCGGUGUCGCUCACUAACACGGCGGGAGUUGGGAAAUGAUGAUGGGAUGCUGAGCUCAUCUUCAUACACAGUGAUGCAAUAUUUCGCUUGCCAUUCCAUCAGGAGCCUCGGUCCUAGAGCAAUAAAAUAACAGUGCAGAUACGUUUCUAAUGCACAGUACAGCUACUUGUACUGCUUUCCGAAUACUUGAAGAAAAUGGUAUUAUAAAUAAGCCUAGUAGCUAUUCCUUUUUACAAUCUUGCAGUUCGUGGCAACUAAAGGAGCACACAGAGGCGAUGAGUGGUGGGAUGGUGAGAAGACUUCGAGUGUAUGAAUGACUUGGUUCAAAUGUGGGGGAGGGGUGUUUUUUUGGCAUUAAAGAAGGUACAAAAGCACUGACCGGAUGAUUAAGCAUAAUUUAAUCUCCACUGUGAUAAAACUUAAGCAAUAAACAUGGAUUUAAUAGAGAAA